AAUGUAAUUUCAAAGAUUAUUUGUACAAAUAAACACGCUAAAAGGUUAUUUAAUGUGGGAUUGAUGGUUACUUAAUAUAAUACCUAAUAGAAGGAAUCAGUGGACACAAGAUGCGGCUACAUAUUAAAAUCUUUUUGUUUUGUGCUUUUGUUCUUGCAGGUAUUAACUGCAUUCCCGACAUCCCCAUCGCGCUAAAGAAAGACUUUUUCCAAAUCUACAAAGGACUCGCAGUAGAAGUAAAGCAACUCACUGGUGGUAAUGUCACCCUCGACAAGUUAACCUUUACCCACUUUGAGAGGAAACAUCGGGAAAAUGGUACGGUAUUAGAUUCUUCAAACCUGGAAGACGUUAAGUACGCCAAAGAGAAGAUCGUAUUUAUUUUACAUGGAUGGGCUAGUUCUGCCACUGUGGAUUGGGUUUUGGAAAUGAAAAAUGCGUUCCUGGCCAUUUAUCCGAAUAGUUCGGUGAUUACAAUUGAUUGGAGUGGACCGGCAUCACAGCCUUACUCAAUAUCUUCUAUUAAUACUUACGAUGUUGGAAAUUUCAUGGCGGAUAUGAUUCUUGACCUGAUAAAUAAGCAUAAUGUUGAUAUUAAGAAAUUCCUUCUGGUGGGUCACUCACUCGGAGGACAAGCUUGCGGAUUUGCAGGAAAAAAACUACAAUCAGUAGGUAAAAUUUUACCCAGAAUUAUUGGUCUGGAUCCUGCCGGUCCUCUGUUCAGUAUUAGGCCAAAAGACAAAAGGUUAAAUUCCGAAGACGCAGAAGUUGUAGAGGUUAUUCAUUCUGAUGCAGGAAGAUUCGGAUUUGACCAUCCCUGUGGUACUAUCGACUUCUUCCCAAAUGGAGGAAAAUGGCAACCUGGAUGCCAGAGAAUCGAUUUGCUUGAUAUUACGAGUGUCGCUGAUCCAGUUACCUGUGAUCAUCAAAGGUCCCACGAAUAUUUCACCGAAGCCAUUCUCAAUCCCGGAGAUUUCCUCGCAACAAAAUGUACUCAAUACACUUUACUAUUUAAACAGUGUGACGAAAACUACAAAGUACCGUUGGGAGACCUCACCACGACAUUGAAAGGAAACUUCUACUUCGAAACCAAUAAGGAACGACCCUAUGCUAAAAGACAAGGACCAGGACUGAUAAACAAAAUAUCGAAUAUUUUUAAACAUUAGAAAUUAUACUAUAAGUACUAGAUUGUUAUGUUAGAAAUAAAAAUUGAGUUGGACAUAA